UGCCUCGAGGACGCUUAAGUUCUCCCAGGAGCCACAAUCCUUAGUAAGUUAACGCAAUGAACGGAGCUCACGCUGAUAUUUGAAGAUCUGCGCAAGCAUGCUGUGAAUUUACCGUCACAUCUCUGACGUCCACAACAAUGUACGUGGUCCCACUGAUUAAUACCGGUUCAUUCUCACUUGACGCGGCCGGUGUUGCCGGUUUUUUCGGCGGCGAUGAAACACUCUCAGCCAUGGCUACCGUACAUCUAUACCGCGGCCGAAGAUGGCUGGGGUGGUACAACUCUCCAGGGAGCUAUACGGUCGCCAAAAGAUACGGCCAGUUAGCCAACUCCCGAUUCUGGGAUGGACUGUUCCCAGGUCCAAAUUUCGAACCAGCUGAAACAUUUGGCCUGGAUGGCAAGCCUGGGCCGCGAUACGUCGCUUCGCUGUCUGGUACAGAUAUGGCGACGGGGCACCUUGCAUACCUCGCGAUACAGAUAAGCAGGGAAUUGAAGGGUAUGGCAGUUCGGGGCGAAAGCAGCACGGAGACGUUACCUGCAGCAGUGACUGUUAUCCGCGUUGGAGAUGUCACGGAUAUGCGUCGAGUGGGGAAGAUGAGCAUACAUCACGCACUACUAGCCACAAUACCCAUAACCAUCAGCAUCGCAGCGUGCUUCUCAUGUGCUAUUGUCAACGACUGGCUUGCCUUCAGCCUUAUCCUUCUCGGAAUCAUUUCAAGUGGCAUAACCUGCCUCGUGAUCGGUACUGCGAGGCUUCGUCUUCAGGCACCCACAAACGUGACCCCGGGGGUCCCCCCAGGGGAUGGAUUGCUUCUAACUCCGCGCGAUGUCGUCGUCCUGAAAGGGUCGGAGAAAGAUGUGAAUGUGAUAACGAAGGGGCAUUUCGAGCUUGACAUGCAUGGUGGAAAAGAGUAUCGGAGCGUUGGACUGUGCUCGCUCCUCUUGCUGGCACAAUUCCUGUUACAGCUCCUCUUGAUCCCUCAAGCGACACUCUUCGGUCAGGUCAUGUUUCUUUCCUCGCUUGCGGCGUCUUGGGCCUACAACUCGUUCCUGUCUUCCCUUGAAAGCGAAAAAAUACAAGGAGAUCUACUUUGCAAGGUGCUGCGGGUUGAAGAAGGCUCCAUCCAGAAAUAUUAUAUCCACAAUAGGAGGAGCCAGGCUGUUUUCGCCUGCUCUAUUCUCAGUGAUGGAAUAGAGACAGACGAAGACUUUGACGCGGAGCGUAUGUUAUCGUUGUUCGUACCGAACAAGACGAGGGUUUGGAAUCUCUGGAGAAAAAAGGUUGCAGCGCAGUUGAAAUCUACCUGCCCGGACAAAAAAAUUCAUGUAACAGCAGAGGAGAAGGAGGGUUUGUGCGAAGAACAACGCAAGUUGCUGGAUACCUUCCUAGAUGAUGCCCAGCGUGCGUUUAAGGCUUACCGGGAGCGCGCUGGUGGUUUGCGUUACUUUAACAGCUCCCAGAGUUGGGAGGCAAAAGAUGUAUGAAUAACCGGUAUGCAUGGCUGUACUUAUCGCUUAGAAGGUCUCCUUACCUAUGAUCGCAUUUCAUACUCAUCAUACUGUAGAUAUC